AUGGAUGAAGAAUUGUUGGAAUUGCAGCGACAGUUCGAGUUCGCUCAGCAGGUGAAGUCAAGCGUCAGGUUAUCGGAUCGAAAUGUCGUCGAAUUGGUUCAGAAGCUUCAGGAGCUUGGCGUCAUAGACUUCGAUCUGCUUCACACCGUCACCGGAAAAGAAUACAUCACUCAGGAGCAAUUGAGGAAUGAAAUUGGUAGCGAGAUCAGUAAAUUGGGCCGUGUCUCCGUCAUUGAUCUCGCAGAUACGAUUGGGGUUGAUUUAUAUCAUGUGGAGAAGCAAGCACAAGAUGUUGUCUCGAGUGAUACAGGACUCAUGCUUGUUCAGGGAGAGAUAAUAUCACAAACCUAUUGGGAUUCAAUCGCAGAAGAAAUCAACGAGAGGCUUCAAGAAUGCAGCCAAAUUUCUGUGGCUGAAAUCGCUGGUCAGUUACAAGUUGGCUCUGAGUUGGUGCAAUCCGUUUUAGAGCCUCGGCUUGGAACUUUGGUGAAAGCAAGGCUAGAAGGUGGACAGUUAUAUACACCUGCUUAUGUAGCACGUGUUACUGCUAUGGUUCGAGGUGCUUCCAGGGGUAUCUUUGUUCCCUCCAACUUGUCGGCAUUGUGGACGUCAUUGCAACAGUUGGUACAAGAAAUGAAUGGAGCUAGUGGAGUCGCUGUUGAGAACUCGUUUUUCCAGUCUAUAUUUAACCGACUGUUGAAGGAAGAGGAGAUGCUUGGAUCACUACGUGCUGGCACCCACUGGACUCCUACUAAUUCCUAUAUCACCUAUGAGACCAUGCAGAAGCUUGGGAUUUCUCAAGCGGUGCAGUUUUUACAGUCUAGAUAUCCAGAUGGUAAACCUUUAUCUACUGUAUUCAUUCAUUCCUCGAUGAUUGAGAUGCUGGAUGCUGCAACCGAGGAUGCUAUUGAACAAAGCAGUUGGAUCGAUUCCCUCUCUGUAUUGCCUGCAUCAUUCUCGUCACAGGAUGCAAAUAAGAUGUUGCUUCUUUGUCCCUCUGCCGAAUCAGCUCUUAAGGCUGAGAAAGCACUUAUCCUGGGCGAUUCCUAUGUCUUAAGCAAUGGGUUCAUAAAGGGAAUAUAUGAUCAAAUUGAGAAAGAGGCAGAAGCUUUCAGCAUCCAAGCUUCUACUGCUAGAUUAAUAGAUCCUUCAAGCAAAUCUUCAGAGUCGACAGAAAGCAUUCCUGCUAAUACAGAUAGAGGAUCAAAGAAGAAGAAAGGCAAGUCUGCCAGCAUGAAGACAGCAACGGUCGAAACUGUUCCAGAUGAUGAAGAGGACGUCCGUCCUAAAUCUAAGAGAAACCAGAAGAAAGGUAGGGAUUCAUCAUCGUCACAGAAGUUGGAGAAAGCAGGAGGCAAGAAAGAGGCCGUUAAGGCGCAAGAAGGUAAUAACAUUAUUCCGCCAGACGGAUGGGUGAUGAAAAAAAUCGUGGAGUCUGUGCCUGAGUUUGAUGAUGAAGGUAUGGAGAACCCAGAUUCAGUUCUUAAGCAUUUAGCUGAUCAUAUGAGACCGAUGCUUAUUAAUUCACUAAAGGAGAGAAGAAAGAAGAUCUUCACAGAAAAUGCAGAUAGAAUGAAGCGCUUGAUGGAUGAUCUUCAGAAAAAGCUUGAUGAGUCUUUCCUAAAUAUGCAAUUGUAUGAGAAAGCGCUCGAGCUAUUUGAAGUUGACCAAUCGACCUCAGUUGUUUUACAUAGGCAUCUUUUGAGAACAACAGCAGCUACAAUUGCUGACACACUUCUUCUUGACUUGGACAACCUCGAGAAAUUGAAGAAUGGUACUGAAGUUGGAGAUUCCAAAACUCAAGAUCCAGUUUUGCUUGAUUCUUCUGAAAGAACAGCACUGGCUAAAAAGCUCAACGGUUCAUUCUCGAAAAAGGGUCUUGCAUUAGUUGAGGCAUUGGAAGGAAAGCGUGUAGACGCUUUCAUGACCACCUUCAUAGACCUGGCAGAGGAAAGUGGACUGGUCUUGAAAAAGCUUGAUAAAAAACUGGAAAGGACUCUCCUACAUUCAUACCGCAAGGAUUUAAUAUCUCAAGUUUCUACUGACUCGGACCCUGUUGCACUUCUCGCUAAAGUCGUCUCUCUCCUUUAUAUUAAGGUUCACAACAAAGCUUUACAAGCCCCUGGUAGAGCCAUUGCUGCAGCUAUUUCACACUUGAAGGAUAAACUCGAUGAAUCUGCGUACAAGACAUUGACAGAUUACCAAACAGCAACUGUUACUCUUCUUGCUCUAAUAUCAGCUUCGUCGGGCGAGGAACAUGACUGCUCAUCAGACAGGAUCCUGACCAAACGGGAGCUCCUCGAGAGCCAGAUGCCAGUUCUUCGGACACUUGUCCUCGGCGACUCACAGCCACAACAGUCCUAA